UUGUCUCUCGAAUUAAACAGCAGAGCAAUGUCAAAGUGAUCGUCGUGUGGGUCUUCGGCGGAUAUGCUAAACAGUUCUUUGCAGAAGCUCACAGACAAAAGUUAUCACGGCGAACUUGGAUUCUGGGCGACGCAACGAGCACAGAGGGAAGCGACCUACUUGGCCCAUACUUAAGUCUUCUUGAUGGCGCCCUCGGUAUUCAACCGCACAAUCGCAGGAACGAAAGACGCCGUCUAUGCAGCCGCUUACGCUUUGGACAGGAGCAUCAGGUGCCGUGACUCAGAAGAAAAACUUCAAGGGGGAGAGUGCGCACUGACAAAACCACUUAAGACUGGAGGGGUCGACCUUUUGCCAUUCUUGAAAAAUGUCAGCUUUAGAGGUCUCACUGGUGUUGUGGAAUUUGACGAUCACGGAGAUCCAAAAGAAUCGUCGUUCGAGAUAGUGAACAUCCAAGUGCACGGAGCGGGCGAGAAAAACAAAUUUAUAGUGGGAUUUUGGAACAGCAAGGAACAGCAAAGGUUGCGAUUAAACGAUUCCGCGAUCAAGUGGGCAAACGGCAGUGUUUAUACAGAAGUUCCGGCUUCAGUUUGUAGCGAGGUUUGUCUCCCCGGAACUCGGCAGGAAGUAAUUGCGCCUUGUUGUUGGAAAUGCGUCAAGUGCCCGGGGGACACAGUCAGCAAGGAACCUGGGUCUACCAACUGCACUACGUGUCCUCCUAAACAGAAAUCGAACGAUGCCAAAACGACAUGUGUCAGCCUACCGGUGAAGAACUUACGUUUAGAGGACACGGCUGGUGUGUUGCUGUCUUGUGUGACAGUUGUAGGAUAUUGCCUGACCACUGCCGCGUUACUGGUAUUUCUGAAGUACCGCGAGACGGCCAUUGUGAAAGCUUCAAACAGGCAGCUGAGUUUCGUCCUUCUGCUCGCGAUCUUCCUCAGUUUCACUCUAGCACUGUUGAGCUUGGCAGAACCGACUGAUUUUAUUUGUCGCGUUGCACAGUUUUCCCGGUAUAUCAUUUACUCUACGUUCGUGUCAAUUCUGUGGUUAAAAUCCGUGCGUAUAUUCGUCUUGUUUCAAUUCGACGUCUCCAGAAUGGCCUCGCAAAGUUACAUUUCAAAAGCCAAGUAUCAAGUGGCCUUAGUUGCUCUCGUCAACAGCGUGGAUGUUGUGUUACUGAUCGCCUGGUUCGCUUCAGACCCACCCUUUCGAAAUGAAAAAAUCCAACCAACUCAGUACAUCUUUUACACCUGUACACCCUAUGGAUCUUCAGUCGGAAAAGCACUGUAUUUUAUGGUUUGCUCAUACGUUCUGCUGCUUUCGCUGCUUUCGUCGUUUUACGCCUUCAAAGUCCGGAAACUGCCAGAUAACUUCAACGAGGCGCGGUUCAUCGCGUUCUCUCUGUACAUCAUUCUGUUGUCAGCAUUAUGUUAUUAUUCAGUGGAGUUCUCAGUGCAGGAGGGCUGGUACGUCUCGGUUAUCGCCUGUACCACUACUUUAGUGGACUCGUUUGGCUUGCUUGGGUGUAUGUUUGCGCCUAAAGUAUUCAACAUUCUGUUCCACCCAGAGAGAAACUCCAAAGAGGUGAUAGGGUCGCAGAUAACAGCUUACGUCUGUGAGAACGCUGGGUUGACAAACCUGAGCGGAAAUAUACCCACAGCGAGUGCAAGCAGUGAGAGAAAUGAAACUGAGCCAAAAGAACUGUAGAAAGAAAAAUAAAGAGAACAUUAUCCAGAACUUCAACCUAAAAGAACCUGUCUUAGUCGUAGUUGUUUGAACCCUUGGUUCCAGCAAGGGGGUUGCUUAGUAACGAUACAAGUCGGCAAGCUGUCGUGAUAAGUUCGGAGUUCCUUGCCAUUUUUGAUUGGACAAUUGUAAUCGUCAAUCCUUCGGGUGCUUCUUCGACGGUUGGAUAAAAUCAUAUUUCAGAUCAAAUCUCUAUUGGUAGAUAUGGUUAAAUUAUUUUUCUCAGUUUCAAUCUUAAAGAAUUCUUCAGCUCAGACUGUUCGGUAAAAAACGAGGUAAAAAACGAAUUGUAGUAGAAGCCGUAAAGGUCGGCACACACGAGGGGACUAAUCCCUGCAACCACAGUGAAACCUGAAUUAAGCGGACCCCAUAUCAAGCGGACACCAGCUUGAGUCCCAAAAUUUUCUCCCUACAUUUACUGUAAAGUAAGC